ACGCGCGCGCACGCACUCGACUCCACCGCAAAGGACGGUGAUGCAUUGGAAUCGUGCUAUUUUAAUUCGUUCUAUAGGUGAACUUUGGAGUGAAUGAACAAACGACUCGCCACAAUCCUGUGAUGCUAAUGGAAAGACAAUCUUUGUCUCUCCAGGUGGCUGUUACGCGAAAGAGCAGGGAGGAAAUGAUGUGGUAAUGGUCUUUUAAUUACACUGUUAGACUCGGCUCUGGGAGGCCACUUCCUUCUUCGGGAUUUGGUGCUUGCAGGCUGUGCUGCUGGGAAAAAAAGUUUCAUCUCGUUUUUGCUCUCACAUACUCGUUCUUUUUCGCGUGUCUAUUUUUGUUUCUUUCUCGGUGUAUGAUCGUUGAAUUCCUCUUCGCCGUUUCGGCAUGAGCGGCACGAGGACGCUUCCAAAGCGGAGCAGAGGAAAGUUUACCGCAAUGCCGGGCGAGUUCGAGAUCUGUCGGGCUUCCCAGUGGGCGUCUACACCGAUGGCUUAAGCUGCCCUCUGCACAAGCUUGCAGCGCGAAUACGGACUUCUGUCGCUUAGGAUUGGUUUCCUAUCAAAUGAGCUUUACAAUGGUAGAUGGAAUCAUGUUUCUAACUGUCUUCAUGAUGUUAAUUUUGCCCUCUUCUAGUGUUGAAGAUGAAGAAUCAAAAUUAAAAGGGAAGCUAUAUGAGUGUGUAUGUGAAGGCAUGUCCUGUGUCAAUGGAGAUCGUUGCCAUGGUCAGCACUGUUUUUCAGCUCUGAGUCUAAAUGAUGGCAAAUGGGUUUACCAGAAAGGAUGCUUUCAAGUUUACGAACAAGGCAAAAUGACCUGCAAAACACCUCCGUCUUCCGAUCAAGCUGUAGAGUGCUGUCAGGAGGACCUGUGCAAUCUGAAUAUUACUGCACAGCUUCCUAUUAAAGGGAAACCACGGUACGGUGAAGCUCUGGCUUACAGUGUGCCAACACUGGCUAUUGCCAUUGUAGCCCCAAUUUUAGUGCUUAUAAUUCUGGCUGUGAUUGCUGUGUAUGUCUUCGGAAAAAUAAACCGGAAUCAUAUGGAGAGGCUGAAUGCCCGUGAUGCUGAGUAUGGGACAAUAGAUGGCCUUAUUGCUUCUAAUGUUGGUGAAAGUACACUGGCAGACCUGUUGGAUCAUUCAUGCACAUCAGGCAGUGGAUCUGGUUUGCCUUUUCUUGUGCAGCGAACAGUAGCUCGACAAAUAACUCUAAUUGAGUGUGUAGGUAAAGGCCGCUAUGGAGAGGUGUGGAGAGGCCAGUGGCAGGGAGAAAAUGUGGCUGUGAAGAUAUUUUCUUCAAGAGAUGAAAAGUCUUGGUUUCGUGAGACUGAAAUUUAUAACACUGUCCUCCUCCGGCAUGAAAAUAUUUUAGGUUUUAUUGCUUCUGAUAUGACUUCAAGGAAUUCGAGUACUCAGCUAUGGCUGAUUACGCACUAUCAUGAAAUGGGUUCUCUUUAUGACCAUCUGCAGCUCACCACUCUGGACACAGUGAGCUGUCUGCGGAUGGCUCUAUCCAUUGCAAGUGGUCUGUCACAUUUGCAUGUGGAAAUCUUUGGCACACAAGGAAAACCGGCCAUUGCACACAGAGACUUAAAAAGUAAAAAUAUCCUUGUGAAUAAGAAUGGUCAAUGCUGUAUAGCAGAUUUAGGUUUGGCCGUGAUGCAUUUUCAAGAUACCAAUCAGCUAGAUGUUGGGAACAACCCUAAAGUGGGGACCAAGCGCUACAUGGCACCUGAGGUUCUUGAUGAAACUAUUCAGGUUGACUGCUUUGAGUCUUACAAAAGGGUUGAUAUCUGGGCUUUUGGGCUUGUCCUGUGGGAAAUUGCCAGAAGGACUGUUAGCAAUGGAAUUGUGGAAGACUACAAACCACCAUUUCAUGAUGUAGUUCCUAAUGAUCCAAGUUUUGAAGACAUGAAAAAGGUUGUUUGUAUUGACCAACAGAGGCCAAACAUUCCUAACAGAUGGUUUUCAGAUCCCACAUUAACAUCGAUUGCCAAGCUCAUGAAAGAAUGCUGGUACCAGAAUCCUUCUGCAAGGCUAACAGCUUUACGCAUCAAAAAGACUUUGACAAAAAUUGAUAAUUCUUUGGCUAAAGUCAAAGCUGAGUGCUGAAACUCUGUAGGUCCAAAAGCAACUGAAAAACUUUUAUGGGGGGAUAAAAAAGGAACAAUAGGACCUUAGAGUUGUUUUCCUUGGAAACAAUCAGUGGGAUCCGUCCCAACACCUUGCUCUUAUAGAGGCAUGGAUUAUUUAUUUUAUAACCACCUGAUGGGCAGAAAAAUUAUGCAUCCAAAGAUGGCUUAGUGGAUCUCCAAAAGACUGAUAAGGCGGUGCGCUCUGCUGUCCAUCUGGAAAACCACAUAGGAUCUUGCCUAUUUUCAUUCUUCAAAGAAGAAACUGUCAUCUGGGCAUUAAUGAUUGCUUUAGAGCAGCAGUUCUUUUUAGACACUGCCUGAAUGAAACUGAUACAAACUAAGCCCAUAUUUCAAUCAGCAAUAUUGUCUACGCUUCUGUCUUUUAUUGCACUAGCAGCCUUUCGCAUUCCUAACUUGCACUGUUACUGACGCAUUUUAAACAGAAACCAACUUGCCAAAAAUAGAUAGGUUUUCUUUGCCACUAACACUGUAACUUAGAUUUGUCACACUGAGCAACUGAUUUAUGUGUGCGUGUAUACACACGCACAAACACACACACACUUCAUUUUUAGCAGCAUCUCUUGCACUGUUGUUUACAUUGUCAGAAAAUAGGAUUUCUUUGUGUUCGUUAUGAACUUGUAACUUAUUUGUUGCUAAUGCACUGAGUAGUUUCUGAAUUGUUCAGCCAUUUUUUGUGCCUGUCCCCUUGCUUUGUAAACUAUAAAUGAUUUUAGCAGCCUUAAUGUUAUUCUUUGCAAAAAUUUUGUAUUCAUGUCACAGUUCAUAUGCAUAUUGUAAUCUAAUGUUUUAUCUUUUUUUUUUUUUAUAAACUAUUGGGUUAAAUGCUUACAAUAAAACACAUUUAACUAAAAAAACAAACACUCAAGUUUUUAAUUUAUACAGGAAUCUGCAAAGGGAUGUUUCUAACAGAUUUCAAGGCUGGAAAACUUACAGAGGUGCAUUGUAUAUUCUAGGAAAAAAAUGCAUUGUAAACUCAAAUUGAAAUGGAACUAUUUUGUUUUAAUCAACAUUUUUAUAUUUAGUAGUGAUUUGUAAAAAUUAAAUAGAAUGUUUGCAACCAAGAA